CCCAACGGACAAAACAAAUCGUUUUCAAAAGUUUAGUGUUUAAUUUAUUUUUCAAACUGCAAUCAUGAGUUGCAAAGCGAAUUCUACGUCGAAAUCAAUAAAAUUUCAACCGAUGCCCAUGGCGGCAUUGAUUGCAAACUUAAAGACGCUGCCAGCGACGUUAAACAGACGCGAUUCGAGUGAUUCUUCGGACGACAGCAGUAGUUCAUUUGAUGUGUACUCAAAGAAGACGCAAUCGAAAAGGGUAGGUCUUUUCCCAGAGCCAGCCAAAGCUCCAUCUCCGUCAAUGGCACCGCCCACACCAAGGGACGUCCCAACAUUCCGUGCAAUAGUAAACUCACCCACCGAGGUUCUAUCCGAGACCAACUCACAGUCCACUCAGUUGCCGACACAGACACAACUUACUGUAGCAACUCAGCAGACACAAGUGACGCAGCCUCCAUCCCAGAAGCAGACACCGUUAGUGGCAGCGACUCCAUCGCAACCCGCAGGCCCAAAGAAUACAGGCAAAAUACAGUUCAAGACGAUCAAUAUCAAAGGAAAGAAGUAUAUGUUCAUUAAGAAACUUGGCACUGGAGGAUCCAGUGAGGUAUUUAAGGUAUUGGAAAUCAGCACAUCCAAUGAGUUCGCAGUGAAAUGCGUGGAUCUGGCGACCGACCGUGAGAUGGCUCAGGGUUGCCUGAAUGAAGUGAAGCUACUACGAGACUUACAGAAGAGUGACAGAGUCAUCAAAUUGUACGAAUAUGAAUACGACCGUGCAAACAACUUCCUCCGCCUAGUAAUGGAAGCAGGGGAGACGGAUCUGGCGUGCUUCCUUCGCGCCCACCGCGACGGCGCCCCGCCAGCACUCGUUCUGCAUUACUGGGAGGAGAUGCUGCGCGCUGUACAGCAGAUUCAUCAGCAUGGAAUAGUCCACGCAGACCUAAAACCGGCCAACUUCCUACUCGUAUCCGGGCGGCUCAAGUUGAUCGACUUCGGCAUAGCGUCGGCUGUGUCUGGGGACGCCACUAGCGUGGUGCGCUCGUGUGGGAAGGGCACAUUCUCCUACAUCAGCCCAGAGGCGCUCGGUGGUGAGGGCGAGCAUCCAUUCAAGGUGUCAUUCUACUCGGACGUGUGGUCACUAGGCUGCAUACUGUACAGCCUGAUAUACGGACACACGCCAUUCGCGCACCUCGCCACCAUGCUCAAACUGGUCACCAUCAGGGACCCCAAUCACAUCAUCGCGUACCCGCCUGUAGAUUGCAUACCUCCAUCCCUCAUCACAGCUUUACAAAGCUGCCUCCGCUACGACGCCCACAGCCGGCCAUCGGUCACGCAGCUCCUCCAAAUGAGGCAUCUCCAAUACCCCACGAGGACCUUACCUGAGCCCUUACUGGAGAAACUGAGGCCUACCGUCACACAGGACGAGUUCGCGGUACUACAGAAAGCAAAGCUGUGUGAAGAGUGAAGCGCUAUGGUUAGUUUGUUGAACUGUUGCUCUGGAAUUGUGAAAUUAGUUUUAUAUUUACGUCGAUGAAGAGACAUAGCUCCUCCAAAUGAGGCAUCUCCAAUACGAUCAAGGACCUUACCUGAGUCCUUACUAGAGAAACUGAGGCAUACCGUGACAGGACGAGUUCGCGCUACUGCGGAAGGCAAAGCUGUGUGAAGAGUGAAGCGCUAUGGUUAGUUUGUUGAACUAUUGCUCUGAAAUUGUGAAAUUAGUUUUAUAUUUACGUCGAUAAAGAGACAGGAGAUACACAACUCCAAAUGUUCUGAAAAUGUCCUAACCGUAGCUAUUGAUAUUCUAAUUGUGUAUGUAGAUUUUUGAAAAUGUACAGUAGAACCCGCUUAAAACGAUUCUGAGGGGACCCAGCCAAAAAAGCGUAUUAUACGGGAAAUCGUAUUAAACGAGAAAAAAUUGUGAUUUUUCAUCGUAAACUUUUAAUAAUAUAUGGUUACUUUUUCUUGGAGCUUUAAUGUUUUUCUUCUUAUUUUUGACAUCACUGAACCAAAGAUGGAACAAAGAACUCAGAGACAACACCGACACUCAACACCGCAGCAGUGAUAAUGAGCGAAGUGUAUGUAGGUAGGUACGAACUAUCGCACUAACCGCUGAGCUAGGAUGACAAAUUACAAAUUAAUCUUUACGGGUGGCGCAUGGCGGUGUCGCCAGAAUCGCGUAAUUAGUACAGUACAAUUAGUUCCGAUUAUUGUCACCCGCAUAAAUAAAGUUGUAAAGUAAUGCAAGGUGAGUGGUUUUAGAUGGUGUAUUAAGCGGGGACGCGAGUCGUAUUAACCGUGAAAAAAUGUUUGAAAACAAGUCUCAAAUUGUAGGGACCGGCAUAAAAUGGCGUAUAAUGCGGGAAAUCGUAUUAAACGUGAUCGUUUUAACCGGGUUCUACUGUGUUUAGAAUUAUUUAUUUUAAUAGAUUAUUUAUAGGGGCUUUAUUGGGGCUGAGUGUGUACAGAUAUGUGAUAGCAAUGCAAGCGCUGCGUGAGUAUUUAGACGUCAUAGCAGAAUAAGUGAGGAAAGAGUUGUAACAUACAUCAGUAAAUGCAAGUUAUUUGUAGUGAUAUCUAGCGUCACGCGUCAACCAGCGUAAAUUAUCAAUUAUAUUUUCAUUGGACAUGUGUAAUUUAGUCUGACUGUACUUGAUUUUAUCGUCAGUGUCUUGAGUUAUCCUCAAGGAAAUAAUAUAGGAUUCUGUGUGGGAUGUUUUUUCAGUGUUAAAAUGUUUUAACUUGAAUCAUAAAUCAUCAUUUAUUAAUAAUAUAAAAUGACAUGUCAUGGUACUACAAUAUAUAGGUACCUAUAUAUUAUAUGUUGCUUAGUAUUAUCAUUAUUAUCAUAGACAUAUAUUAUAUAACUC